CGCGACACCGGUCUUUUUCCGGCGAAUGAGCUGACGAGUCAGCGCGUCACCACCGAGACAUUAACCACUGUUUUAACCGGUUUGAUCGACAUCUUUUUCACGGCUACGAUGAGGUGGUGACCCGGGGUCGGCCGGGCCGUGAGAUGACUGCCGCUUGGUGCCGAGGAAAGACGGCGCAGCGCGAUUGAGAGAGAGAGAGAGAGAGAGAAGAAUGGGCAAGAGAGCCUGGGGCUGCUGGCAAAGCGUCGUCUCCACCGCAGUGCUCUACGGCUCUUUGGCCCUGUUCAUCUCCAUCCUCCACAACGUGUUCCUCCUCUACUAUGUGGAGACGUUCGUGUCCAUCUACAAGAUCGAUAAAGUUUCCUUCUGGGUGGGCGAGGCGGUGUUCCUCAUAUGGAACAGUGUGAACGAUCCUCUCUUCGGCUGGCUGAGUGAUCGCUCCUUCCUCAGCGCUCCUCAGUCAGGCUCUCAGAUCACAACUCCAGAGGUGGUGCUGAAGCGCCUGCAGGCCCUCUCCACCAAUGGCCCGCUCUUCGCUCUGUCCUUCCUGGCCUUCUGGGUGGCGUGGGCCCGACCGGGCCUGCAGUUCCUGCUGUGCCUGUGUCUGUACGACGGUUUCCUCACGAUGGUGGACCUCCACCACAGCGCCCUGCUGGCGGACCUCGCCGUGUCCGCCACGGAUCGCACGCGCCUCAACUUCCACUGCUCCGUGUUCAGCGCUCUGGGCUCCCUCUCCGUGUUCCUGUCCUACUACUUCUGGGACAAGGAGGAUCUGUCCUCCUUCCGGGUCUUCUGCGUGAGCCUGGCGGCUUUUUCCAUCGUGGGCUUUCUCUUCGUGUCGCGGUUGCUUCGGCGCCGUUUCCAAAAGGAAGUCCGCGUGAGACGGGAUGAGGCACUGGCACUCAAAGAGCUGAGUGUCGGCCAUGCUCCACUUGCCCACACGGAGAACCCCGUCACCAUUGGACAGUACCUCAAGCAGCUCUCCAAACACAGGAACUUCAUGUGGUUUGUGACGAUGAACCUUGUUCAGGUGUUUCACUGCCAUUUCAACAGCAACUUCUUCCCUCUCUUUCUGGAACAUCUCCUGUCUGACCACAUUACUGCCUCCACCGGUUCAAUCUUACUCGGCGUCUCAUACAUUGCCCCCCACCUGAACAACUUGUAUUUCCUGACACUGUGCCAGCGUUACGGGGUUUACCAGGUUAUCCGCUGGCUAUUUAUGCUCAAACUGGGACUUAGUGUGGUUAUGCUGCUGGCAGGGGCUGACCACAUUUAUCUGCUGUGCAUCUUCAUCGCUAGUAACCGUGUGUUUACGGAGGGCACGUGCAAGCUGCUGAAGCUGGUUAUUUCCGAUCUGGUGGACGAGGACUAUGUGGUCAAUCGGCGUCAGCAGGCCACCUCGGCGCUCCUCUUCGGGAUGGUCGCCUUGUUGACCAAACCGGGCCAGACAUUCGCCCCACUCAUCGGCACCUGGCUGCUGUGUGUUUACACAGGUUAUGAUAUUUUUGAGAGGGGACCCGUAAAGGACUCUCUGGUUUCUGUGCCUGACGUGGCCUCUGGCUCGGGGACUCCGCCUCUCCGCCUGGGCUGCUUCCACAUAGUGGUGUUCGUGCCUAUCACCUGUGCCCUGCUCCAGCUGGCGGCCUGGUCUCGCUUCACCCUUCACGGACGAAAACUGCAAGCGAUCAAGACCCUGAGGCAAGGGCCCCAGCAUGGCCACCUCAUCGAUGUCAAGGCCAUAUGAGCGGAGCGGGCGUGAAGCUGCACACAGACACUUUUUAUUGGUCGGUUUUACAAUCUAAGCCUCGUGUGCAAGAGUAUGAACCACGACACAACGUGUGGCCUUUGUGGAUGGUGGAAGAUGCACAAAAGGCUGACAAAUCCCGCUGGGAAGAAAACAACGUAUUUGGUUAAAAGAAGAAAAAAAGUGAAACCUGCCUUAUUUUUUUAUUAGAUUAUUGACUUGUAUUUAUAUUUGAACAGAUGACCAAAAGAUAAAGUUCAACCAAUCAAUCCUUUUUGAUGUGGUCAGACCGAGGUGAGAACUUGUCACGGUGUUCACCAAAGAUAGGGUGCCCUCUUUUAAAUAGUUUAAGCAAAGCCUCCAGAAAAACCGCUUGGCAGCUGGGUAAUUUAUCAUUAACAUCAGCCAGAUGUAAAGGUUACAGGUACACCAGAUGUAAAAACGAUAAGAAAAACUUUACCACAGAGCGACAGAUCUGAAUUUUCUAAUGUUUUUGACGAGAUGAAGAACAUUAACUUGCUUUGAUGCGCUCAGAGUGCCAUUGAAACUGCAUGGAACCCAUGUCCUGUUAUUUACCGGGUUUUUUUUAACGUGUCCACACGAUGGCUUGCCAGUUUGAUGUGAAUAACUGUUUUCUGAUCCGUACGGUAUUAAUGAUGUUUUUGCACAAAACUGCCAUUUGCCCGUUGUACUUCUAACAUUCUGAUUGUGACAUAUGUUAUGUACCGUAAUAAUGACACAUGGAAUUGGUGAAUUCUGCUGGUAACCAUAUUAUCUUAUCACUUUUGUAAUUUUUCAGAUAAUACAAAGAAUGCGUGGCGUUGCCACCAAUAAACCAAAUCAAAAACAA